GUCUUUGGCAGCAUGUUUGGAAUAACAUCUCUCCGUGCGUUGCUCCUCGUGGUCUGAGGCCGUAAUUAUGCGGCUGUGGUGCUUCACGCCACCUGCGGACCUACGACGCCACAUGCAUCUCAAUUGCAGCCGCCAACUUUGGUGCAGCUUCAGCUGCUGUGUGUCACCGUGGGGUGUGGAGAUGGAGCAGAAGUAUAAAACGCCUCUGGGGCCCCAGGGAGAGGUCUCGGAGGUGUUGAUUCCUUCCUCGUCGAAUUGCGCACAAUGGCAGACUAUCGCCCCGAAGCACCUAAACUCCAAGAGCAGGACUUGAAAGGCAAACUAGCUAUCGUCACCGGAGCAACAAAAGGCAUCGGCCGCGCCAUAGCCCUCAAUCUCGCAACCCGCGGCUGCUCUAUCCUAGGAACUUACUCCUCCCCGCAAAGCGCGCACAACUUCGACGCCCUCUGCCACACAAUCUUGAACCUGUACCGCGCGCCGGACACGCCAGUCCACCUCCGCUCCACCAACGGUCCCAAACUCAAAGGCGUAGUCGCCGACAUAACAUCCCUCUCCUCCGUGGGCCAGCUCCUCGAAGCCCUCGAGCGCGACUUCAACACCAACAAGCUCGACAUCCUGGUCCUCAAUGCCGCAUAUAAUGCACGCCCAAAGCUCGGCAGCGCCAGCGAGGCCGACAUCCAGCAGAGUCUGACGGCGAACUUGCACUGGCCUAUCAUCCUCAUGGAGAAUCUCGUCCGCCAGUCCCUCUUCGCUCCCUCCUCCCGCAUCGUGAUCAUUUCGUCUGACCGCGUUCGUGACCCAUCCCCCGGCUCCGGCAUCUUCAACGCCACGAAGGCCGGGUUGGAAGCGCUAACACGUUCCUGGGCGGUCGAACUACCCCUUAAGUUUCCGGGGACGACGGUUAAUGCUGUGAGCGUCGGGCUAACAGACACGCCGGGACUGAGAGCGUUCCCGCCGGCGGCGGUCGAAGCGCUGAAAGAGCAGCGCUUGAAGAAGGUGAGGGUUGUGGAGGGCGGACGGAUAGGGUAUGCAGAGGAUGUGGCGGACGUGGUAGGAUGGCUGGUGAGUGAGAAGGCGCGGUGGCAGACGGGGAGCGUGGUUGCGGCGAAUGGAGGGGCGGAGUGGAUCGGGGGUUCAUCUUGAGCAGACGAGAGUGAAGAAGCACGAUGGUCGAGGAGUGGUGUUUUCAACAGCGAGGCUACCAUUGCUACUCGCUAUCCUUGAGGAAAG